AUGUCCAUGUUUCUUCAUGUUUACGGUAUCAUAGGCGGAUACGAUAUCGACAUACAGGAUGCUCCGUAUCAAAUCAAUUACGGGGACAUUUGCGGCGGCGUGCUUAUUGGUGAAAAUUGGGCGAUUACCACAGCGCACUGCGGAACAGAACCUAACUACAUAAAAAUAGGAAGCAGAUAUCGUCACAGUGGGUUCAAAGUGAAGAUUACCAAGCACAUACUUCAUCCAAUAUAUGGAAGAAGCCACAGGUUUGAUUAUGAUAUCCAACUGUUGAAGUUUAGGAGACUACACUUUUCCAAGUUGGUGGCAGGUAUACGCAUAAGUGAGGGGGAGUGUGGGAGUAUUCGAGUGUCAGGUUGGGGAUAUCCGAAGGAAAAGGGUGAUUAUAAUGAUGUUUUACAACAAGUUCAACUGAAUAUAGUACCCAUGGAGAUCUGUCAGGCUGUGAACAGGCCAUAUUACAAUCAGACACUGACUGAGAGGAUGUUCUGCGCAGGUGGAGAUGAACAGGAUGCCUGUCAGGGCGACAGUGGUGGUUCAGCGGUGUCUUUCGGUCGGCUUGUCGGUCUGUCCGCGUUCGGUUUCGGGUGUGGCAGAAACAUCCCCGGAGUGUACGUUAAUGUAUCUAAUAAAUAUAUAAGAAAUUGGAUUCGAUACUACACUGCAUUACAUGCUCAUACCAAGACUGACGAUUACUCUUUAACUUCUCCGACAUUGAUGAAAGCAAAGCCUAUUCCUGUUGGUCAUGUACUGAAUUUACAAUUUAAUGUUAUAAUGACAAAGCCUGGAGCAGCAUCAACGCAUCCUGCAAAAGCACAAAGCUCCAAGCUUCAAUCGGACUUUGUACGUACGAAAAAUUCAGCGAAAAUGAUUUAA